GAAUGGUUAGAUGCCGAGCUGUAUAAUUGAAUUUCAUUCAGUAGAAGUUCAGAUGUGAUCAUGAACGUCAAUUUGAAAAUUUUGUUUUUGAUUAUAAUUUUUGUGUGGAAGCAAAACGGUUUUUUUGCUGCAUCAGCUGGUAUUUCGUGUAAGGACGGUAAUGGAAAGUCGGUAGACUGGUUUUAUGCAUACAAAUUACCAUCAACAUAUAAUGGUGCUGACAAAAAAGAUAAUGGCUUAUCGUUUUUAUACAUCACGGCUACAUCAAGUGACUUGAAACGUUGGACUUUAUCAGACAAAACCGUUGAUGACCCUAACAGUGUUAUUGGCAGGACUGUGGCUCAGGGUUCCGUGGACGAAGGAAGAUUAGUUGUCGCGUACAAUGAUGAGCCACCAACUGAAGAUCCAGUUGGCACCGAUGGACAUACGAAAGGUCUUGUUGUUGCAGAUAAAUACUCAGGAUUUUGGUUAAUUCAUUCGGUACCGAAAUAUCCUGAUUAUAGUGCAGACAAUUGGUAUCCGCACAGUGGACGACAUUAUGGUCAAAGUUUCUUAUGCAUAUCAGUCAAUGCAACACAAGUCGAUAAAAUUGGAAAGCAAUUGAUUUACAACGAACCUGAUAUUUAUAUAAACAGAACCAACCAAUUUGGCAAUCUGUAUCCAUUUCUAUAUAGUGCUGUAAUUGGAAAACGAAUUAAACAGCCACCAUACUGGAAUGUAGAAACAAUUUUGUCAACGAAAGGAGUGGAGUUUCACUCAUUUGCCAAAAAUCGAAGUUUCAAGAAAGAACUUUACGAAGAUUUUGUUGCACAAACUUUGAACACAAAUUUAUACGUCGAGACAUGGUGUCACGGAACUGGACUCAUACCCUCCAAUUGUCCAAUUUCAAAGCGAAGUGUGUGGAAUGUUACUGCAAUUAAAAUGGACCAAUUCCGCUAUGAAUUUAAUUCUACGGAAGAUCAUUCCAAGUGGGCUGUUAGUACGGAAGGUUCUUGGAUCUGUGUUGGAGAUAUAAAUCGAGCUGAACACCAAAAAGUUCGUGGAGGUGGAACAGUGUGUCAACAAUCGGUAGUUUCUGAAGCUUACGCAGCUUUAAUCAAAUCCUUUGCUCCUUGUCCGGCGUCGUAGUUUGCUUGAGUAAUUUAUGAUUUUUCAAUGAACAUCAAUAAAUAAAAGAAAAAUUCGUAGAAAGAACA